CUCGGCCGCGGAACGGGCGCGUUUUAUCGGCUCACGAACCAGCGGUUUCCCGUGGCAGUUGGAUCGCGGCGACAGGGUGCGCGGCCGCCGGCGGCCAGCGGCGCGUGGGAGCUGGGCCCGGCCCGGGCGUGCGCUCCGCGGCCCGCGUCCUCGUCCUCUUACGCUGCCUUGGAUGAACCUAUCACAUAGGACAGCAUGCACCUUAAGAUCCUGAAGAAAGACCCAAAAUGUCCAAGUGACGUUCAGAAAUAACCUGUGAGGGCGCGUGGGGAAUCAUGCAGCCAUCAGGACACAGGCUGCGGGACAUCGAGCACCAUCCUCUGCUGGCUGAAAAUGACAACUACGACUCCUCGUCCUCCUCUUCCUCUGAGGCGGACGUGGCCGACAGGGUGUGGUUCAUCCGCGACGGCUGUGGCAUGGUCUGUGCCGUCAUGACGUGGCUCCUGGUCGUCUAUGCCGACUUCGUGGUGACAUUUGUCAUGCUGCUGCCUUCCAAAGACUUUUGGUACUCUGUGGUGAACGGGGUCAUCUUCAACUGCUUGGCGGUUCUCGCCUUGUCCUCGCACCUGAGAACCAUGCUCACUGACCCUGGGGCAGUGCCCAAGGGGAACGCCACAAAAGAGUACCUGGAGAGCCUGCAGCUGAAGCCCGGCGAGGUGAUCUACAAGUGCCCCAAGUGCUGCUGCAUCAAGCCAGAGCGCGCCCACCACUGCAGUAUCUGCAAAAGAUGUAUUCGGAAAAUGGACCAUCACUGCCCGUGGGUGAACAACUGCGUGGGAGAAAAGAAUCAGAGGUUUUUUGUACUCUUCACUAUGUACAUAGCCUUGUCUUCGGUCCAUGCCCUGAUUCUCUGCGGGCUGCAGUUCAUCUCCUGUGUGCGAGGGCAGUGGACUGAGUGCAGUGGCUUUUCACCUCCAGUGACCGUGGCCCUGGUGACCUUCCUGUGCCUUGAGGGCCUUCUGUUCUUCACUUUCACCGCCGUCAUGUUCGGCACCCAGAUCCACUCCAUAUGCAACGACGAGACGGAGAUCGAGAGGCUGAAAAGCGAGAAGCCCACCUGGGAGCGGAGGCUGCGGUGGGAGGGGAUGAAGUCCGUCUUUGGGGGUCCUCCCUCACUGCUCUGGAUGAACCCCUUUGUUGGCUUCCGAUUCAGGCGACUGCAAUUUAGACCCAGGAGAGGAGGCCCGGAGUUCUCGGUGUGAGGCCUCUUGUCGGGCUGGGACUGUCCUCAGACUCUGUUGCUGACUUGGAUCUGGACGGGCAUCAGCCUCCUGAUGGCAUCGGCCAUCAGUGGGGCAAGCGUGGCCUGCAGCCAGGAGCCUUGGGGGCCACGCGGUGGGCCCUCCCCAGAUCUCGCCUGAAGGGCACGCAGCCACGCUGGAGUGGGCGCCAUCUCCUCCCCGCAGUGGCAUCUCUUAGGGAGACUUGGGUGCUGCAUGGGCCGUGGGCACCCCUGUGCUCCGGCGGUGCUGCCAGAGCCGUGCUGGCCCUGCCGGAGGCUGCCGCAGACCAUGGCCUCCGAGCUCUGGAGCAUCGCACUGUCACAGCGGUGCAGCACGGCGGACAGCGAAGGCGGCUUCUGGAGCCCUCCCUGCUGCCCUGGGAGAGGCCCCCUGACCCUUGCUGCAAGUCUGUGUGUCUGUGUGCGCGUGUGCAUGUGUGUCGCUGGCGUGCUGUGUCGGGCUGUGGGCAGCAGUCAGGUGAGUUCAGGGAAGAGGGGUGAGCGCGGCGCCCCUGCCAGGAGGCAAUGAAUGUACUGCAGGCCGAGCGAACCUCCAUCCAAAGAACAGUCCUCCGUGUGGUCCUCUGUCGCUCUCCCGUGUUUACUUUAAAAAUCCACAGCGCUUGAGGGCUUGGCACUGAUUUUUUUUGGUGUUCCAGGCAAAAUAGCGAUGUGGACCUGGCCCUCCGUGGGAGGCGGUGGCCUCAGCCAGGGCCUGUGCAGGCGGAAGGCGGGACGGGCUGCCUUGGGCUGCAGGGCAGGUGCGGGCUCCGUGCAGGUGACCCUGAGGCCCGAGCUGGAGGGCACCUCCAAGUGGCUCUGGUUUUUAUGUUUGCUUCUCUACCUGCAGCACAGGUGAUGACAUUGGACCCUUGGUGUGAGCUCAAAACUAUGCCAGAAAGAACAGCGCCCCUCGUGGGGACUUGCCUUAACUCACCUGGUCGUGGUGCCGCCCACCUCCAGGGAGCAGCUGAGGGAGCCCGAGGCCUCUGUGCUGGGAAGGGGGUGUUUCCGCCCCUGCCACUGCUCCUGUCCUCCUCCUGCUGCGGAGGCAAACUAGAGGGGCCUACUGAGCCGGUUCUGGCCACGUGGCAGAUCAUGGGACUGAGUCACUGCAGAGGCGUGAACUGUCACAGCCAGAGGGACAGUGCAGCAGGGGUGACCCUGGACAGUGAGCUGCAAGGAUGUUUUGCACAUUCACUGGCACAUCUGUGUCUGGACCGGACACGGCGCUGGGCUUCUGCAGGAAGUUCUUACCGUGCAUAUCCUGAGCAUCAGACAGAAUCAUCACCGGUGGCUGGGCCCCGUGAGCGGGCAGGUGUGCAGCUCAAGUAUACUUGACUCCACUCUCCUCUCAGUGUAACUUUUAUAUGAAAUAAAGUCACCAAGCGACAGUUCUC